CAUUAGCCAACUAGACAGCGUCUCAGCAGCGUUUGUUUGUGUGUUUUGUGAAAGUCCACCGGUGAUGUUGCUGCGAAGAUAGGGGGGGAAAGGUGUUCAGAGGCGCUGUUUGGAGCACAGUUAUCCGUCAGCUCUGCCAGGGCAGGAUGUUGUUUCAAUUGGUGCUGGCUUUCCUUUGUGGUGUUGGCGUUUGGGCCACAGAAAAUACCACCACCCAGCAGGAACCGCCGCCGCUGCUGCUGGUGUCAUUUGAUGGGUUUCGAGCUGACUACCUGAAGAGGUUCCCCAUGCCGAACCUGAAGCUCCUGUACAGCCAGGGGGUCCUGGUGGAGCAGCUCACUAAUGUCUUCAUCACCAAGACGUUUCCAAACCAUUACAGCCUGGUUACAGGGCUUUAUGCAGAGUCUCAUGGUAUCCUGGCCAGUAGAAUGUAUGAUCCCAUCAGCAAGAAGCACUUCAGCCUUAGCAACGACACCGACCCGAUGUGGUGGAAUGGGGCAGAGCCCCUCUGGAUCACCGCGCUGGACUCCGGCUACAGCACUGCAGCCAUGAUGUGGCCCGGCUCCGACGUGACCAUCAGGAACCGCACACCUACACACUUCUUUCCCUACAACCCCAACGUAACAUUCCAGGAACGACUGGGGAAUGUGACAAACUGGCUGUUAGGAAAUGAAAAGGAACAAAGAGUGAAGUUUGCAGCUCUCUACUGGGAGGAGCCGGACAAAUCAGGUCACACGUUCGGCCCUGACAACACCACCGCCAUGGGCAAAGCGCUGAAGGAGGUUGACGACAACAUCGGCCUGCUGAUGUCUGAGCUAAAUCGGACCGGCCUCUGGGGUCGCAUCAACGUGGUGAUAACGAGCGACCACGGGAUGGCCCAGUGCUCAGCCGAUCGCCUCAUACAGCUGGACAAGUGCCUCCCUGAAGACAACUACACACUGGUGGACCUCACACCUGUGGCGGCGCUCUUCCCAAAUCAAAGUGAUCAAGCUGAUGCUGUCUUCAAUGCGCUGAGUAAGUGCCACCCCCACAUGACGGCAUACUUGAAGAAGUCCAUUCCUGAUAGGCUGCACUACCAGAACAAUGUGCGCAUUCAGCCAAUCAUACUGAUUGCUGACGAAGGCUGGACCAUAGUGAAGAAGGGGAACAAGUUGCCGAGAUUGGGCGAUCAUGGCUAUGACAAUGCUCUUCCCAGCAUGCACCCUUUCCUGGCAGCGACUGGGCCUGGCUUCCGUCAGGGUUAUCAGCUGAACAGCUUAGAAACUGUGGAUGUUUAUGCACUCAUGUGCCGCCUGCUGUCAGUGCCCGCGCAGCCCAACAAUGGCACCCUGACCCAGGCUCGGUGCCUGUUGGCCGCUGAGGCCUGCGUAGAUCUUCCCCUGGUUAUCGGCCUGGUGGUGGGUGUCCUGCUGGUACUCACUACAAUCACUGUUUUGUUCAGGUCUCUGAGCACUCGCCGCCAAUCAGGGCCUCGGCCUUUCCGGAGGCUGCAGGUCGACUAUGAUGAUGAUGACGACGACCCCUUGUUGGAGUAAACCAACUGUGUCGCAAACAGGUUUAGAACCACACAUUUAUCAAGAGCAGACCACAAUGCAACUGAAAACAAGAAUGUAAAAAUGUAAUCCAGGCUAAAAGCAAAAAAACAAAACAAAAAGAAGCUGCUUCAACUAAAGCCUGGAAGGAAAUGCAAUCUGUAUAAUUUAGUAGGCCUAUCACUUACUUCCCCAUCAUUAUGGGGAAGAGAGUACAAUUGUGCAGUUUAUUACGUGAUUGUGUUAUGAGACAUAAAUAUGCCAUGCUACUCUUUCAGCUGCUCCCCAGGCUUUGCUCUUGGGAGCACGUAAAGGUUAAAGACAGAAACAUAUGAGGAAGUUCAGAGUUCAGCGAACAGACUCAGAACUUUACCAGAGAUUAUUUUUUUCUCCUUUAAAGAUUAUAAUGUCAAGCAUGUUCACACAGCUUCCAGCCUGGCUACUUUCAGAUCACGCUGUAAGAGUCCCUUUCUGACGACGUCAACAAACCAUUUGAAUUUGGAAGAUCAUUGCUGGUGGUGAGAACGGAGUCGCUGCCAACGGUCCAAUCCAGGAGUCACAUUUUCCAGGGACGGUGCGGACUAGAAAGGAAAGCUGGGAGGCAGAGUGGUAGUGACAUGCAAGAAAUGGCCAAGAGUGGACUUUUUUUACCAUAACUAAACAUGGCACUUUUCUUAUUACACACACUCCCUACUGUAUUAACAGUUUAGCCUGUAUUAUGUUUAACCUCUCUUUAAUUGUCUGGUAUUAUGAUUGUAAAAUAUGCCGCUCUGCUUCCUGUCCACGUUGGUGAUCGGUCUUAUGUUCCAAAAUCCGCUCACAGCUAGACUGGGAAUCCGUGGAUAACAACGUUUGUGUGACUGCUAAGCCUGAUUACAGAGGUCGGGUUUAGUGAACCCAGAUAAUGAAAAGACAUCCCGGGUGUGUAAAACUAGCUUAAUAAUACAGGCCUCAGGUCUGCAGAUCCCCUAUGUUGAGUCGUGCACUGGUAUAAAUACAGCUGUGGGUAAUGCUAUAUUCUGUUGUUGUUACUGAGUCUCCAUAAUGUUACUGCUGUUAAAAAUCCUUGGACUUGAACAUGUGACAAGAAGCCAGUGGUGAUUAGCUGUGAAAUUUUGGGGAAAUAUUGGCGAAGUCUUUGGUGGGAAGACGGUAACAAUGAGACUGAUAUUAUUAUUAUUAAUAUUCUCAAAGAAGAGACAAAAGCUACUGAUUUAAGAGACUACUUUCAUUUAUCUUACUUUUCUUUCCAUUUUUCUUUGGUAAUGUUGUUUGAAGUUGUGUGCUGUUACAUUUUAUCAGCAGAGGGAGCCACUAGCUCAUUUAACUCAGCUGUGACAAAGAUUUGAUUGUGAUUAACCUUCAGUUUUCUUUAUGAGGUGUUCUGUUUUGUUUGUUACACUGUUACCCAAGUCUGCCAAAACCUGAAUUUUAAAUCUGAAUUGGUACAAUAAUAUUAAUUUGUAGAAUUACAGGUAAUUCCUCACAGUAGCUUUCUAUGCCAAUUGUUCACUUUACAUGAGGGUGUGUCAGGGGUCCAUCUGUGCUUCCUGUACAUGAGUGAUACCAAAGACUGUUAGAUGCACAAAGAAAUAAUCAGCACUUACGUCUUUUUUUUUUCUUACACAGGGAUUUGUAUUACAAAAUUAAAACUGUAAUUGUUAUUUUUAGCAUCAGAUAGGUUAGCUGCACACUUUUUUUUUAAAGAAACAGUACAAACGCAAAUUCAGGUAGUAGUUUGAAACUUGAAUAGUAAUUUCAAAGGCUGUUUUAUUUAAUCUGAUGCUCACAGAGGGAGCAACCACAGGUCUGCUGUCCUGAUCAAGGAAUUUAGAUAGAGCACACGCCUGUUAGCAGGGAUCAGAAACUGUCACCGCUCAAGGUCACAGCAUGAGCCUGUUGAUAUUUAACACUCCUAUUAUUGGCAAAUUCAACAACAUGACUCGAACCAAUGAGGGAUGGAUCCAUAUGACACAUGUUUUUUGGGAAUGUUGCUCUUGUGCUUGUAACCUUUCCUGUUUCCCCCCAAAAUUUUAAAGAACAUCAGUGACACACUGCUUCUCCUCACCAGAGCACUAGAUGAAUAUUUAAUAACAUAAAAAACUUCUAUCUUGUUUCUCUUGUAAGAUUUAAUGCAAACCAAAGGUCCCAGUUGUUUUGUUUAUUGUUUCUUUAUUAAAUGGAUUAUAUAUAUAUAAUGAAAUGGGUGAAAUAUUUUCUGUACUUUUCAAGGGAUUUAUUGAGUAUAAUCACAUUACAGAAUAAAAACAUACAACUUGCACUCAGUGCAGAGCUGCUUGCAUACUUUAACCAUUUAGAAUGUGAAACCCUAACUUUUGUAAAGUUUGCCAUGUGAUGUUCCCUCUUCUGCAUAUUGCACAUAUAGUUAUUUCUGAUGGCUUUAUGUAAUGUGCACAUAUGUGGGCAGCUGUGGCUCAGGAAGUAGAGCAAGUUGUGCACUGAGUUAAAUUCAGGCCACUGGUAUGACAAUUUUUUUUUAAAUGCAGAUGUCAUAUCCAUGUGUUUAAAUGCUACAUGUAUCCUCUGUCUGUAUUGCACUCGCAUCAAGGAUUGAUGUUUAAAGUUACUGUUUUUAGAAGUGUAAAAGAAAUCUGUACUAUGCAAAUUGGGUCUGACAUGUCAAAAUAUUUGUGUAGUUAGGAGAUUUUGACAAAAUAAAAAAUGUUGGGAAGCCUGAUUCGUCUCUUUGUGUAGUGAUUCUGAGGAGGAUUAAAACUCCUUAUGUCAGCUGGCAUUGGGAAAAACAACC